GUCGUCGUCUCCGGCGAUCGUCGGAACAAGAAAAUGAUGGCGAUUACGAGAGUGAUUAGCCGGAGAAUCCACGGUUCAAGCGAUGUAACCGUUCCGAAACUCUCAGGAUUCUCUAUUGUAUCUCCCAAAAACGUUGAGGUAGAGUAUGCAGAUGGAAGCAAGUUCAAUUUCUCAUCUGAGUUUCUGAGGGUUCACAGUCCAGCUGCUGAUGGAAAAGUUAGAUCAAUUGGUGGUGAAAAGGUGAUAUCUGGAAGGCGGUAUGUGGGAAUCAUGUCUGCAGAACCAGUGGGAAACUAUGGUGUAAGGUUAGUGUUUGAUGACUUGCAUAGAACAGGAAUAUAUCCAUGGGACUAUUUCUACGAGCUUGGUAGCAAUAAGUUUGGUCUCAUGAGAAACUAUAUCAAGAUUCUUCAAAAGCAUCAUCUCAGCCGUGAACCUCCUCCGAGAAGGAGAUGAUUCUUAUCAAUGUGUUUCUAAGCUUGUGUUCAAAGUGUUUGAUAGAAUACUUAUUACUUGUUGUGCAGAAACAUAGAAUCUUGUUUACUUCUUUCAGAGUGCAGCCCGUAUACAUUGGGCUCUUAAAACCACUUUCAUUAAACGUGAUUACAAAACCACGAAUAUUCUGCAAAACGUCAAACACAGUAAAUUAUAAAAAUAAUACUGAUCUUUU